AGCUCUAGGCGUUAAGAAAUUGACCAAUCACAAUCGAAUUAUAGGAGAAAAGUCAAUUAUGAUAGGUCGAUUUUUUUAAUCUUUUCGAGACGCGCCCUUUGUAACCAGUAAACCACCAUCCUUCGCAACUGGCGACCGGGGCAUCUGCGGCGCAUUGUAGAAUGCCCUUUAACCUCCCACCUCCUCAUCGGGCGUCGCACUCUCCGUUGUAUUUUGUACGGCCGAGUCAGUGCAAAUGUACUUCCUGUUCGUUUGUAAGAUUCAUAAAAUAAUUUCCCAUCCGUUUGCUCAGCUCGACGGGGUAUCUUCGACGGCUCUUGUACAAGUUUCAGUACCAUCUUUCCGAGAGCGAAACUUGGCACAGCAAAAAUCAAUCGAAGAUAAAUGUUUUCAAUUAAAAUAACCUACCUUACAUAUUUCUCGCUUUGUUGCACGCUAUCGUGACACGACGCGGUGUCUGUCAGUCUGUCUGAAAAAUUUUUUUACUGAUCUGGAAAUUGAACAGAAUUCCAAUCCAACUUUGUAUAACAUACAUUAAGGAAAGGAAAGAAGGAGAAAGGAAUAUAGAGAGUGUUCAAUUUCAUUAUUCGACCGUUUGUGACUAAAACAACUCGGUGAAAUGUCUAGCGAAAGUGUAAAAACGUUUGCCAGUCUUGAGACACCUGGAUAUGUAGGAUUUGCAAAUUUACCUAAUCAGGUACAUCGAAAAUCUGUGAAAAAAGGUUUUGAGUUUACGCUCAUGGUUGUUGGAGAAUCAGGCCUUGGAAAGUCUACUUUAGUAAAUAGUUUAUUCCUUACGGAUUUAUAUCCUGAACGAGUAAUUCCUGAUGCAAUUGAAAAAACGAACCAAACUGUUAAACUUGACGCUUCAACGGUCGAGAUUGAAGAAAGAGGUGUGAAACUCAGAUUAACAGUUGUUGAUACACCUGGUUAUGGAGAUGCGAUUGAUAAUACAGAUAGCUUCAGAGCUAUCAUUCAGUAUAUAGAUGAUCAGUUCGAGAGAUUCCUUCGUGAUGAAAGUGGUUUAAACAGAAGAAAUAUUGUAGACAACAGAAUACAUUGUUGUUUUUAUUUCAUCUCUCCAUUUGGUCAUGGAUUGAAACCAUUAGAUAUUGAGUUUAUGAAGCAACUCCAUAAUAAGGUUAAUAUAGUACCUGUAAUAGCAAAAGCUGAUGUACUUACCAAGAGAGAAGUGCUACGUCUGAAGAAAAGAGUUAUGGAGGAGAUCGAAGGCAGUGGAAUCAAAAUAUAUCCUUUACCAGACUGUGAUAGCGACGAAGAUGAGGAUUAUAAGGAACAAGUGCGUCAAUUAAAAGAGGCUGUCCCUUUUGCAGUGUGCGGUGCGAAUACCUUGCUCGAGGUCAAAGGAAAGAGAGUACGGGGUCGAUUGUAUCCGUGGGGUGUUGUUGAAGUUGAAAAUCCCGAUCAUUGCGAUUUUAUUAAGUUGAGAACGAUGUUGAUUACACAUAUGCAAGAUUUGCAAGAAGUAACACAGGAGGUACAUUACGAAAAUUACCGCAGUGAAAGAUUGGCGAAAGGGGCUCCGGUACCACCUCGACGUCAGACUCUUGUAGAAUCUGAGAAAAGCAACACUGUGUCGGACAAAGAUCGUAUAUUGCAAGAAAAAGAAGCCGAGAUACGUCAUAUGCAAGAAUUGUUGGCUGUGAUGCAAGCGCAAAUGCAACAACAACAACCUUGAUUACAUGUGCUCUUGUAUAUCAACAUGAUGACCCCUUAUUGUUAUGCGUGUGCCAAAAAAAAGGAUAUACGAAACUUUUUAAUAACAUAUAUAAUCAAGAUCUUGCUCUGGAUGCAAUAUUUUCAUAAGUCUUUCUCUAUUAAGACAAUCUUGACAUACCAUAUGCUGCAUUCUGUAGACAUAUAUCGUAAGAGUAUAAAAACUAACACUUUUUUAUA